AUGGUCGAAAAGAACGUUACCAGGGCGUUAGCAGCGAAGCGAGUCAAUGAAAACACGCGUAGAGAAGACUCAGCUGUGGCAGAAUCGCUUCUUACGCCUGCUGCAACCCUUAAAGCAGCAUCUCAAACCACCGGGGAGAAAGAUUGUGCUGUAGAGGAGAACAUAGGUUCCCCAGAAGAGGAGGGAGAUCAAGGGGACGAAGCGGACAGAAUUUUAGAUGUUGAUUCUAUCAUCUCGGUACCAAGAUUGUCUAAGGAGACGGUGAAAGACGUGCUAAAGGCGACCAACAUGCCUCCACCGGCUAUAGAGGUGUCUUCAGAUUUGGAAGAAGAACGCGCACAUUUAUGGGCGAAGGUGAAAGAAGCGCAGUCCGCCGGCGAUAAGAUUUUAUGCAAGUAUCUAUCUAACAUGUUGGCCGCGAUGGAUGAGCCCGUCGGACCAGUUUCCAAGCCUCCUGUUUUGCGAACGGUGUCGGCAACUCCAGUCCUUUUAAACGGUGAAACCGGAUGUCGUUCCUAA